AUGUUUAAUGUUUAUUCCAUCAUUAUAACAUUUUUAAUAUAUAUUAGGCUUGUUAAAGCUUAUUCUCCCGGAGCACGUUCCUUUCACGCUUCAAUUCGUAAUGACACAAAGCUUUAUUUUUUUGGUGGUUAUAUUGAUGAUUAUUCAGUAGGAGGUGAUGCCUUUUAUUUGGAUCUAGAAGAGUCAUUUAGCAGGACGCUUCCUAAAUGGAUAGAAAAGUCGAAAGCAAAUAUCGAAAUAAUGCAUAGCUCUGUGUGUAAAACAGCCAGAGACUCAUUCAUAUUUAUUGGAGGAACUUAUCGUAAAAGUGACCAUAUGCCAGAUAAAGAAACACCAUUCAUUGAAUAUAAUCAUAAAUAUGAUAUAUGGUCUUUACCUUAUAACGCAGAACCUUUUGAUUGGCGAAUAAACGUUCAAUGUGUUUCAGAUAAUGAAGGAUCUAUAAAUGUUUACGACACAAAAAUUAAUAAAUGGUCUCUGAUUAGUGCUAGAGGCCAAGAUAUUGGUUCUCGUGAAUACCACUCUGCAGUUUUGGGUCCAGAUGAUUCUAUAAUUGUAUUUGGUGGUCAUGAUUAUCAUGAAAAGCAAUAUCCAUACCCUCAUUUGGCAAUAUUAAAUAUUACACGUAUCUCUUGUGAAUGGUCGAUACCAAAAGUUUCAAAUAAUGCCGACACACCCCCAUUGCUUUAUGCACAUAGUUACGAAAGUUCUAUAUCAGGACAUGAAAAAUAUAGCGAAGAAUUAUAUAUUUUUGACAUGGAAUCUCAUAGCUGGGUUAAUAAAUUUGCUUAUUUAUCACAAAUCUUGGAUAAUAGGUGGGAUCAUGAGCACCUUUUAAAUUUUUGUGAAAAUGAAUUGCGUCAUCUUCAUAAAGAUAAAUGGGAGAUGGGCCAACAAAGAAUGAGUAUGAGCACCUGA